GUGAACAUACACUCACACAAAUACAUCGACUGAACAAUCUGCAAAAUUGUAGAACAGCGGCUUAAACUCUGGGAAAAAAAUCUCUUUCAGUCUUUUCAGUUCAAAUAGUGCAACAAAAUGGAUGAUAAUCAACCAAGUACCUCAUCAGCCAAACGGCCUCGUGAUGAUCAAGAAGAAGGACCAUCAAAACGACGAAAUGUUGAAGCAGGCAGUGACCGACGAAGUCGAAUGCCGCAAAUUCUGCAUACACGACCGCAUGAUUUGGCCAAAAGUUUUACCGGUGGCGAACGUGUAAAAUUGCAAGCGAAUUAUUUUCGUUUGUUGAAAACACCCGAAUGGAAUAUUUACAAGUAUCAUGUCACAUUCGAACCGGAAUGUUUGUUGAGCCGAUUGCGAAAUGCAUUAAUCAUGCAACACAAGGAAACGAUUGGUGGAUUUUUGUUUGAUGGUACGCAAUUGUUUGUAACACGAGACUUGGGUGGUGACCGUGGGGUUGUUAAUUUAACAUCAAAAACACGCACCGAUGAAGAGUAUACUCUGAAACUUCAAUUCACCAAAGUCGUUCAAAUGGAUGAACAAGAAUCGCUGCAAAUUCUCAAUUUAAUUUUGCGACGGGCAACAGCUGGUCUGAAGCUACAAUUGGUCGGUCGUAAUUUCUACGAUGCAGCAUCCAAGAUUCCAUUGAACCAAUUCAAAAUUGAAUUAUGGCCCGGAUUUGCAACGAGCAUUCGCAAGCAUGAACAGGAUAUACUACUAAAUUGUGAUGUGGCGCAUAAGGUUAUGCGUAUGGACACAGCUUACGAUAUGUUGCAAGAGCUAGUACGCACCGAUCGAGGUGGCUAUCAAAAUAAUUUCAAACAAAAGGCACUUGGAUUGACAGUGCUUACCGCAUACAACAAUAAAACAUAUCGCAUCGAUGAUGUUGAUUUCGACAUAUCUCCCAUGACAACAUUCGACCAACGAGGCAAAGCAGUCACUCUUGUGGACUAUUACCAAGAGAAAUAUCGCCUCACCAUUCGGGACAAAAACCAACCGCUCUUGAUAAGUCGACCAAAAGAAAAGAACAUUCGCGGUGGAUCGGAUAAACCGAUAUGGCUCAUACCAGAGCUGUGUCGCAUCACCGGUUUAUCGGAACAACAACGUAACAAUAUUCCUUUGAAGAAUAUGAUGAAACCGUAUUCACAGAUGGUGGGACGCACACGAAAAGAACGAUUGUUACAAUACAACAAUCGUGUGCGCAGCACACCCGAAAGCAUUAGUGUGUUGAGAGAAUGGAAUCUUGACUUGGAAAAAAAUUUGGUGAACGUUGAAGGGCAUAAGCUCAAGUCCGAAAUAUUGUACUUUGGUGGCAAUAGAGAACAUACUGUUCGAGAUGGUGGAUGGGAUCGAGAAUGUGGUCGCACUUUGAAACUAUUUCAAACAAGUAUCGAAUUGAAGCGAUGGUACAUCAUAUUUCCAAGCAUCAUGGAACGUGAUGUGAACCGAUUUGUUAAUCGAGGCAUCGAAUUGGCCGGCAACAUGGGCUUCCAAAUCAACAAACCACGAAGCGUUAAUGUGAAUAACGAUCGCGCUUUAGCCGGUGAAGUUGAUCGCUUGGCCAAUACCAAUCCACAAAUGAUGUUUUUCGUUGUAACAUCGAAUAAAAACAACAACGCCGACGUCUACUCGUCGAUCAAAAAGAAGUGCUAUGGCGAUAAUGCGAUUCCGUCGCAAGUGGCCACCAAGUUCAAUCUUACCAAAGAUAAAGGAUAUGAUUCGAUCGUCACAAAAAUCAUCAUCCAGAUGUGUGCGAAGUUGGGUGGGGCACCAUGGGGUGCGAAGAUCCCAUUGGGCGGUGUGAUGACCAUCGGUUUUGAUGUGUCGAAGGAUUCACAAAACAAGAAUAUGUCAUAUGGUUGUUUGGUGGCCACCAUGGAUUUAAAAAGUGAUUUUAGCUUCUUUGCCACGGUCAGCACUUACUCUUCUUCCGAGACGUUAUCGAACGAAUUUUCAAUCAGCGUAAAAAAGGCCAUCAUUGCUUACCGCAAUAAGCAUUCGCAAUUGCCCCGAAAGAUUAUCAUCUAUAGAGGUGGUGUCGGUGAUGGUGACAUUCAAUAUGUCAAGGAUAUGGAAGUAAAGAAUUUGGAAACAAAGUUGAAGGAGAUGUAUGCAUCUGCGGAACAACCGCUUGAAAUGGCAUUCAUGAUUGUCACCAAAAAGAUCAAUGCUCGCAUUUUCAAUGGUGAUCGUAAUCCAGAUUGUGGAACCGUCGUGGACGACGUAAUCACACUGGCCGAAAGGUAUGAAUUUUUCUUGAUUUCGGCAUCAUCAACGCAAGGCACCGUUUCGCCAACAAAUUACAACAUUAUCCACGACACAUCGAAUCUACCGCCGGAUAAGCUACAGAUCUGGACAUACAAGCACACACACUUGUACUUCAAUUGGUGCGGCACCACAAAAGUACCAGCCGUUCUGCAGUAUGCCACGAAAUUGUGCUUCUUGGUUUCAAACUACAUGCAUCGUGUGCCACACAAUCAAUUGGAGCAAAGUCUAUACUUUUUGUAAACAACUGGCCACCGAAUUUACCAGUUUCCUUUUUUUAAGUAUAAGUUUGAUUUAAGUUACAUCAGCCUUUAAGAGCCAACCCGUACUUGCAAACAAGAUUUCAAUCAAAGACAUAUUUUUUACAAAAAAAAAGAGCAUGAUGUCAUAAAUGACAAAAAAAAAUCGGGACUAGCUUCAAAAGUUAAAAAAACUAAAAAAAUUUCAAACUUGCCAUAUUUUUCAUCUUAUAAUUAUAGAUAAACAUUUUUUCGUUUCUACGAAGAAAAUGUCCCCUCAAUGGAGACUUUAAAAGUGCUUAAUGCGUAAAAAAUAUUAUACGCAAUGUUUUGAAUGCAUACGAAACUCUGUUUUGAAUGCAUACGAAACUCUGUUAAGUAUGGAGUUUUUGUUUGCACUUCUCAUAAAUAACAGUAUAUGCUCAUGCAUAAGCACUUUUCUCUGAACCUACUCGGUUGCAUAAAAAGACAUACCAUAUCAAAUCCGUUUACGCUAUCAGUUUCUUAUAUUGUGUAUGUGGUUUCGUGACUGUCGCCAGACUGUUUACACAGUGGAAGAUAUCAUAUUCAAAAAUUACAGCAACAAAAAAGCAUUUAGUCAGUAAUUAAGUUCAUGAUGAAUUUUGAUUAAACAUUAUUCUAAUGUUUGAACCGAAAAAAAUCAAUGUAAACACCAAACCAAUACCAUUCAAUCAAUAAUUGAAUUUAUCUCUUUCUUACACAAACAAUGUAACUUAAUCAUAAGUUUGAAUUUUAAAGCCGAAAAUAUCAUUUUUCUCCGAAAAUAAAAUUAACAAAAUCUACUCAGAAACCCAGA